AUGGGUCUUACAUUUUCCAAGCUCUUUGACCGACUCUGGGGAAAGAAAGAGAUGAGAAUUCUCAUGGUAGGAUUGGACGCCGCCGGAAAGACCACAAUCCUUUACAAGCUGAAGCUCGGAGAAAUUGUCACCACAAUCCCCACCAUCGGUUUUAACGUCGAGACUGUUGAGUACAAGAAUAUUCAAUUCACAGUAUGGGAUGUUGGAGGACAGGACAAGAUUCGCCCUCUGUGGAGACAUUACUUCCAAAACACUCAGGGUAUCAUUUUCGUCGUCGACAGCAACGAUCGUGACCGUGUUGUCGAGGCGCGGGAGGAGUUGCAACGUAUGUUGAACGAGGAUGAGCUGAGAGAUGCCAUUCUGUUGGUAUUCGCCAACAAACAGGAUCUUCCAAAUGCCAUGAACGCUGCCGAGAUCACAGAUAAGUUGGGCCUCCACAGUUUGAGACAACGUGCCUGGUAUAUCCAAUCCACUUGCGCUACCUCCGGAGAUGGUCUAUACGAAGGUCUGGAGUGGCUUGCCAGCUCCCUCCGAAAGGCAGGACAUCAGUAA